CAUCCUCUCUCGCAACAAACCAUUGGAUUUUGAGAAGUCGUUUUAUUAUGUGGAUUAAGUGAAGUUUAAUCUACAACCGCGGACCUGUGGUUUUUGAUAAUGUCCUACUACGAUAUUGACGCGAUUCUUACUGACGCUCAAGUAUUUACCCCUCCUUUUACUCAAAGUUAUUGUAUUAAUAUAUGCUAGAAAAUUCCAUGCACAUUUGAGCUUGACGUUCCCUCCCUGGGCUAUCUCGAUAAUAAUGCUGCUACGCCCCUGAAAAAACAUACUCGCGUCGACCUCCCUUUAUGGCUCGCUGAACUUCUCGCUGUUUCCUCCUCUCCCUCUUCUCAAAAGUCUCUCGUAACCCUCGAUCUCCCCGCUUGUCUCGCCCCACGCGUUCUCAAUGCAUUAAAGGCCGACCCUAAGAGUGUUGAUUUGCGCAACCUAGCGCAGAAUUUUUAUGGAUUGGGUGUAAGAGUUCUGGAGCUGUUCGAAGAGGAAGAGGUAUGCGAUGUUUUGAUGGAGAGUUGGAGGACAAGAGCUGGUGAGAUUAGCGAUCAUGCGGGGAGUGGAAGUGUAGGACAGAGUAAUAGCAGAGGGGGAGGAGAGGGAGUGGAGUUUUUGAGGAGUUUGGAUGAAGCGGAACGGGAGCUGUUUAAGGCGGCACACGAGGGGUCUAAAGCAAUGGGGAAAUGGAUGGGCGAGGUGAAGAAAGGGUAGGCGACAAGCGGAAGAUGGUAUCGAGCAGGAGAAGAAGGUUGCCUGGAUAGGAGGCGUCUGCUAUACUCACGAUGGAUACCACAAGGUGAAACACUAUGGCGUUACUUGGGUCAGAAAGCUUUCAUUAUUUAUGAUACCCGUUACUCGAUAAAUGGUCGAUUUAAGAAAAAUGAUAGAAGAU